AUGUCGCACUUUCCAUUCAGCAAAGAAAACUUGCCCAAGCAGUUGAUCAUCAACAACGAAUAUGUCGACUCGCAGAAUGCCCAGAAGCUGACGGUCAAGAACCCCAAGAACGGAGAGCUUGUCGCCGACGAUGUGCCCUUGGCUGGCGAGCAAGACGUUGAUGCCGCCGUUCGCGCGGCCGAGGAAGCCUUUCCGGCCUGGAGAAAGACCACUCCGGCCAAGCGACGUGACAUGCUGAACAAGCUGGCAGAUUUGAUCGAUGCACAUUCCAAGGAACUCGGGGAGCUCACCAGGAUCACCCUCGGAGCCCCGUGGACCAGCUUUGGUGCCUUUGAGACCGCCUUGUGCGCUGAGACUCUUCGCUUCAACGCCGGCUGGACUGACAAAUUUGCGGGCGAAUCCUAUCCACAGGAGGAUGGCUUCAUGAAAAUCGUUCGCAAUGAACCUCUCGGUGUCACGGCGGGUAUCAUUCCUUGGAAUGGCCCUAUUGGCAACGUCGGUCUCAAGGCGGGGCCUGCACUCGCGACGGGCAAUUGCUUCAUCCUCAAGCCGAGUGAGAAGACGCCUUUUGCUGCUCUCGCCUUACUACCGCUCAUCAAGGAGGCUGGCUUCCCCCCUGGAGUCUUUCAGGUUCUGUCCGGAGACGGUACCACAGGUGCACUGCUCGCAAGCCACACGCGCGUACGCAAAAAAAUUCAGGAAAUGGCCGCCAAGAGUAAUCUGAAGAGGGUGACUUUGGAACUUGGUGGCAAAAGCCCUGCUGUUGUUUUCGAUGAUGCCAAUUUAGACAACGCUGUCAACUGGACUGUAAAUGCUAUCACUGGUCACAGUGGUCAAGUAUGUUUCGCCGCCUCUCGCGUGUACGUGCAAGAAGGCAUCUACGACAAGUUCAUCGCCAAGUACAAGGCCCUAUUCCAAGAAAGGACCAAGCUCAUUGGUGAUCCGGACCUAGACUCGACCAUUCUUGGCCCGCUCGUUGACGAAGCCCAAUUUAAUCGUGUUACUGGUUUCAUUGAACGCGGCAAAGAUCAGAAGCAAGGUACACUUCUCACGGGAGGUGCAAGAGUUGGCAGUCAAGGUUACUUUGUUGAGCCGACGAUUUUCACCGAUGUUGACCCCAAGUCUGAAAUCCAUACCGACGAAAUCUUUGGACCUGUCUCGGUUGUUCGUACCUUCAAGACUGAAGAGGAGGUGAUGAAGAUGAGCAAUGAUACGGAAUAUGGUCUCAUGGCAGGAGUCUUCACCCAGGACAUCAACAAAGCUAUGCGCAUCGCUAGCGAGUUCGAUUCAGGUAUGGUUGGCAUCAAUUGCAUCAGUCUUAUGAUGACACAGGCUCCAUUCGGGGGCAGCAAACAGAGUGGUGUUGGGAGAGAAGCAGGCAUCCAUGCUCUGAGAGCCUUCACAGAUCCGAAGACGAUCAUGGUCAAUCUGACGUACUGA